AUGCCUGAUUCAUCGUCAGAACAGAACCCUUCAAAAUUACCUUCUUCCCCAAGAGUUCCCUCUAAGUUAGCAUUUUCCAACAUGUCCGACAUAGAUAAUGAUAUCGCGGAGGAGGGGUAUAUCGGGGCCAGUGAAGAUCUAGUGGAGGAACCAGAAGACAUGCUUCCAGAGGCAGCUCUCCUAUCUGAUGAUACGCCCGGCCUCGAAACUCCCAUGUCUCAAAGUGGAAUGUUAGCUCGAGACAAGCAAAAGAAAACGGCAUACUUCGACUAUCUUGCAGAGAAAGAGAUGAGCCAGACAGAUGCGAAAUUAUUCUUUCAACGCAGCCAGUUGGAAGGCAACAAAACUGGUAGCGGCAGCAAUUGGGGUCAUUCUCAGAAGUCUGCAGUUCCUAGCCCUGUGUUAAAACCUAGAUCCUUCUCUAACAUUUUAGACUCUGAACAAGGAGGAUUGAAUAGAUCUGGAAGUCAAGCUUCAGGAACGAGCACACAAAACCUCCCAAAUCUCAAUAAACUCAGAACUGCUCCUCCUAUCGGUCUGGCAGAUCUUGGAAAGCAUCCAGAAAGUGCUGUAAUCCAAGAACCGAGUCUUGCUGCGGGAACUUUUGUUCAUACUCCUGGAUUGCACGAUAGACGAGAAUCCCUUCUUAGAGCAGACAAGGAAGCUAGAGAUCAUGCAGCUCAUCCAGGACUUCCUCAUGAACCUAAACCUUUGCUAGAAAUGGAAGGAUUGCAUGGUGCAGGCGCCGGGGUCGGCCUUGGCUCUGGUGCAGGUGGCUUUGCCAAUUCUGACGCCCACAUUACUGCGGAACUCGCAUCCAUCUACACUAAUAUUCAAAAAGUGAUAGACAUUAGACACAAAUACAUUCGCCUGUCGUUACAAGAAGAUGGUGAUAAUCCUAAGGAUGACCCGAACUGGAGUAUCUACCCACCACCACCCGAGCCAUCAUGGCACGACGAUAAAGCCGCAACAAAUGCAAGAAACAGUACCGCAAACAGUAUGGCGAACAGCAUGGUAUUGCCACCUCAAGCUGAAGCUCAUGGCCAUCAGCAAACGAUCAGUGGUGCAGCAUCAGAAUUGUCACAAGCCCAGGCUACUAGUGCACGCAGUGCUCCCAAAACUCCCCUCCGCAAGAGAAAACCUGGGCAAGACAUUGGCUCUGAUUUCGAAAUGGAAGAUCUUCUUCCACUUCCUCCACCUGGAGAAAUGACCUUCAGACUUGAUGGAAGCGGAGUGUUUCAGGUUUACGAAAACUCAAAACUUCAAGAGCUUGAACAACCCGUAAUCAACAUACCUGAUAUCAGAGAAUUCUACAUGGACUUGGAACAAAUUCUCAAUGUCUCAUCUGAUGGCCCAAGUAAAAGUUUUGCCUAUCGUCGUUUGCAGUAUUUGGAGGGCAAAUUCAAUCUUUAUGUUCUUCUCAAUGAAUAUCAAGAAAUGGCGGACAGUAAACGUGUACCGCACAGAGAUUUCUACAAUGUUAGGAAGGUUGAUACUCACGUUCAUCACUCUGCCUGUAUGAACCAGAAGCAUCUGCUUAGAUUCAUUAAGAGUAAGAUGAAGAAGAAUCCUGAUGAAAUCGUCAUGUUCAGAGAUGGUAAACAUCUCACGUUAGCUGAGGUUUUUCAAAGUAUCAACUUGACUUCUUAUGAUUUGAGUAUCGAUACUCUUGAUAUGCACGCUCACACCGAUUCUUUCCAUCGAUUCGACAAAUUCAAUCUGAAGUAUAAUCCUGUUGGGGAAUCUCGCUUAAGAACGAUUUUCUUAAAGACAGAUAAUUUCAUAAACGGAAGAUAUCUGGCGGAAAUCACUAAAGAAGUCAUAUCAGAUCUCGAAUCAAGCAAGUAUCAAAUGGUUGAAUGGCGAAUUUCAAUCUAUGGAAGAACUAUCGACGAAUGGGAUAAGCUAGCAGCAUGGGUUGUUGACAACAAACUAUUCUCACACAACGUUCGGUGGUUGAUCCAGGUCCCACGAUUGUUCGACGUCUACAAAUCUAGUGGAUUGAUGGAGAACUUCGAACAAGUUAUCAUCAACUUGUUUCAGCCUCUCUUUGAAGUAACCAAAGAUCCAUCUAGCCACCCAAAGCUUCACAUCUUCCUUCAGCGAGUCAUCGGAUUUGAUAGUGUAGAUGAUGAGAGUAAAGCUGAGCGAAGAUUAUUCAAAAAGUUCCCAGUACCAAAAGUAUGGGAUUCUAAGCAAAAUCCUCCUUACAGUUAUUGGAUCUAUUACCUCUUCGCCAACAUCUCUUCUUUGAAUGUGUGGCGCAAGCAGCGUGGUUUCAACACAUUCUUGCUACGACCUCAUUGUGGAGAAGCUGGUGAUACUGAUCAUUUAGCUGCUGCAGUUCUUUGCUGUCACAGCAUUAGUCAUGGUUUAUUGCUUCGAAAAGUACCUUUGCUACAAUACAUCUUCUAUCUCGAGCAGAUUGGAGUAGCAAUGUCGCCUUUGAGUAACAACGCACUGUUCCUAGCAUACGAAAGAAACCCUUUCCUUUCCUAUUUUAAGAGAGGUCUUAAUGUCUCUCUCUCUACCGAUGAUCCUCUGCAAUUCGCUUUUACAAAGGAGCCACUUAUCGAGGAAUACUCGGUCGCUGCACAAAUUUACAAGCUUAGCGCAGUGGAUAUGUGUGAACUGGCCAAGAAUUCAGUCGUACAAAGCGGCUUUGAACAUUCUGUGAAGCAGAGAUGGUUAGGUCCAGACUAUGAUCUACCCGGAGUAAAGGGUAAUACUAUGGCAAAGAGCAACGUCCCAAAUAUUAGGGAAGGCUUCCGACACGAGACAUUGAUGCAGGAACUAUCUAUGAUUGAGCGUUACACUGCUCUGUCAACUCCAGCCGUUCAGACAUCAGCCCCAGUAGAUGGAAAUUCCUUCUUUCCAGGACCGCGACCACAUUCCCCAACAUCAUCCAUGAAAGCUUCUGUUAGCGUAGCCGAUCAUGGCCCCUCUCAAUCAUACCAGCAAAAUCCUGCUCAGGCUGCUCGCAUUCCCCCUUCGCACUCUCAGCUACACCUAGAUUCUCAUUUCAAACCUCAUCAGAAAGGUACCGAUAGUCCAUCUGGUUAUGCUACCCCAAAUCAACACACGCAACCGAACUCGUCGUUCAACUCGCCAAUCUCAGCCAACAAGGGGCGUGAAAAGUCUUGGGGACUAGAAGCAGGCUUUAGUGAUCUACAUCUUUCAGGGAGUGAACCAAGAAUUUUCCCAGGUCUAGUCAGUAGAAAGCAGAGAAGAGAAAGCAACAGAAAGAACAGUGUGACAGAAAGUGACGAGCAUGCUUUGAUGAUGUUGAAAAAGGGUUACGAUAACAAGAGUGUAGCGACAUUAGAUGGAAAGCUAGAUGAAGAGAUAGACGCAGAAGAUAGUGAUGUAGACAAUGAUGAUGCUGCCGACUCCAAUUAG